GCAGUUGCCUAUAAAUCGCGAUAAAUGUUCUGUGCUCCCCAUUGGUGCUACUGAACCAUUCGGUGUUUACCACCUUGGUGGUUAUUUGCUUAAUAAUGUGAAACAGGAAAGAGACCUUGGUGUUAUAGUAUGCUGUGAUCUAAAAACCACCCAAGAUACUUUGAAGAAGGUUGCUGCGGCUAACAGACUACUGUGUUCUAUCCGAAGAGCCUUCUCACGAUUGACGCCGGAGAUCUUCAGACUUAUCUUUUCCUCCCAUGUGCGUCCAAUCCUCGAAUAUGGAUUACCCGCAGUUCAUCCACUUUCAAAGCUUGAACAUGGCUUGAUUGAAAAAGUUCAGCGACGCGGUUCUAAGUAUGUCUUUGAGUUCCGACACCUGCCAUAUCACCUUCGUCUCCAGCAUUUGAAUAUGUUCUCCCUGGAAUAUCGGCGUCGCCGAGGCGAUCUGAUCUACGCUCGGCGCAUUCUGCGAGGCGAGAUAGGAAACGAGCUCCAAGAUUUCUUCCAGGUUAACACUGAGUGUUCGACUCGGGGCCACUGCUGGAAACUGUUCAAACCUAGGAGACUCAGACUUCGCUCUGAUUUUACACUAUCGACUCGUGUGGUGAACGACUGGAACUGCUUGCCUAAUUCCGUCGUCAACGCGCAUACGGAAGAAUGUUUUAAACGAUUGUUGGAUUUAUACCUCUUGAAUUUGCAGGGAUCUUGUUGUUUCUUAUGUAACUGUGACAAUUUAACUUGUUAAUUGCUGUUGCG